AUGGAUUCAGACGGCGAUUCCGUCUUCGGUUACGAAGACGAAUCUGAUGCCUAUUCCCCAGAGGUGAAACCCAAAGCUAAACCGGCGCCGAAAAAGCCGACCACCGCCAAACCUAAGGCGGCCCCAACAACCGCCAAAGCUACCAAGGGCGCGACAAAAAAGCGGGCCAAGUCGGAGAGCGACGCCGAGGACAGUGUGCCAAAGAAACAGAAAAAGGCGCCAACGAAGAAGGCGAGCAAACCCCUCGCCGAAAUCGAGAAUGAUAGCAUGGUGGUGGAGGAGGACGGGGAUGGGGACGCGCCAGCUGCCGGCCCCACGGCCAAGUCCGACAAGACAGCAACCGAGAUGUAUCAGAAACUCACCCAACUCGAACACAUCAUCAAACGUCCCGACACCUACAUCGGCUCUGUCGAGCGCCUGGAUCAGAAGAUGUGGGUCUACAACACGUCCGAGAAGCUCAUGGAGAACCGCAACGUGGCCUACGUCCCGGGUUUGUACAAGAUCUUUGACGAGAUUCUCGUCAACGCCGCGGACAACAGCCAACGAGACAGCUCCAUGACAUAUCUCAAAGUCACCGUGGACCGUGCAACAGGCGAGAUUUCAGUCGAGAACAACGGAAAAGGCAUUCCGGUGGAAAUUCACGGCAAGGAGAAAUGCUACAUCCCCGAGCUCAUUUUCGGUCACCUCUUGACUGGUUCCAACUACGACGACAACGAGAAGAAGACGGUCGGUGGUCGUAACGGUUACGGUGCGAAGCUCACCAACAUCUUCAGUCAGAAGUUCUCCAUCGAGCUCCAAGACUCCGUAAACUGCAAACGGUACAAACAGACCUGGUCAAACAACAUGAGUGUCAUGGAGAAACCCAAGAUCCUCACGAACAAGUCUUCGGAUUUCGUCAAGGUGUCCUUCUUGCCUGACUACAAGCGGUUCGGGAUGGAGAACGGGAUUGAUGACGAUCUGGAGGGCUUGAUCUAUCGCCGUGUUUACGAUUUGGCCGGAACGGUGUCUGGGAUCAAGGUCUGGCUGAACGGCGAGCACCUCAAGAUCAACUUCAAGAGCUACUGUGAGCUGUACGCCAAGGCGAUUGCCAACGAGCGCGGUGAUCUUGCCGUCGAUGGCCAACGGCCGGCAGCGAAGGUCGAGUUUGACCAGCAGCGGCACAACGGCCGGCUGUGGCAGGUCGGUUUCACUGUUUCAGAUGGUUCUUUCCAGCAGGUGUCGUUCGUCAACAACAUCGCGACCACGUCCGGCGGUACGCACGUCAACUACAUUGCCGAUCAGAUCUGCGAAGCGCUAGGCAAGGAGAUGAACAAAAAGAAAAAGGGCCACUCUCUCAAGGCCUCGCAUUUCCGCAACCACAUCUUCAUCUUCAUCAACUGUCUCAUCGACAACCCGGCUUUUAACUCGCAGACCAAGGAGCAGUUGACCACCAAGAUGAGUGCCUUUGGCAGUAAGUGUGUGCUCAGCGACGCUUUCCUCAAAAAAGUCAAGGCCUCCGAGGCCAUUCAAAAUAUCAUGGAUUUUGCGGACAAGAAGGCGGAUAAGCUUCUCGCGAAAUCCGACGGAAACAAGCGCUCCCGCAUCAGCAACGACAAGCUCAUCGACGCCAACUGGGCCGGCUCCAAGCGCGGCCACGAGUGUACCUUGAUCUUGACCGAAGGUGACUCUGCCAGAGGGUUGGCCGUGGCCGGUCGUGCUGUUUUGGACCCCGACCGCAUUGGUGUGUUUCCGCUCCGUGGUAAAAUGCUCAACGUCCGCGAUGCAUCGCUGGACCAGAUCAUGAAGAACAAGGAAAUUGAGAACAUCAAAAAAAUCCUUGGCCUCAAGCACAAGCAAGACUACCGGGACACCAAGGGCCUUCGCUACGGCCAUCUGAUGAUCAUGGCCGAUCAGGAUUUGGACGGUAGCCAUAUCAAGGGGCUGCUCAUCAACUUCCUCGAAGUCCAGUUUCCGUCGCUGUUACGCGUGGAAGAUUUCUUCCAGGAGUUCAUCACCCCAGUGGUCAAGGUGUGGCAGGGUAACAAUCCCAAGAAGCCGCAGAACCUCAAAACUUUUUUCAAUUUGCCCCAGUACGAAACGUGGAAGGAUAACCACAAGUCUGAGAUUCGGAAGUGGAAAUACAAGUACUUGAAGGGUCUGGGUAGUUCCUCGAACGAGGACGCCCAGAUUUACUUCAAGGAUUUGGACCGCCAUCUGAAGAAGUUUGAGAUUCUAAAACCCGAAGAGUCCCAAUUAUUUGAGCUGGCUUUCUCCAAGAAAAAGGCCGACGCCCGUAAAGAAUGGUUGGGCAACUUUGUCCCAGGGACGUACAUGGACGUCACGGCCCACAGGAAGUCUUACACCGAUUUCGUCCACAAGGAACUCAUUCUUUUCAGUAUGGCCGAUAACAUGCGAUCCAUCCCCUCCAUGAUCGACGGUUUGAAGCCCGGUCAGCGCAAGGUCAUCUACGCUGCCUUCAAGCGAAAUCUUGUCAACGACCAAAAGGUUGCCGAACUUGCUGGUUAUAUCUCCGAGGUGGCCGCCUACCAUCACGGUGAAAUGUCCCUGCAGCAAACGAUUGUCGGCUUGGCGCAAACCUACGUCGGCUCCAACAACGUCAACUGCCUCGAGCCCAGCGGUAACUUUGGUUCUCGUCUUUCUGGUGGUUCGGAUGCCGCCAGCGCUCGUUACAUUCACACGCGACUCUCACCCUUUGCCCGGCGCGUUUUCUCGAAGCUUGAUGAGCCCAGCCUCGAAUACCAGGACGACGAUGGGAAGGAGAUUGAGCCCAAGGUCUACGUGCCGGUUAUCCCUAUGGUCCUCGUCAAUGGUGCCGACGGUAUCGGUACGGGUUGGAGUACACAAAUUCCCAACUACCACCCGGUACACAUUGUUGAGAACCUGAAGCGGCGGAUGGGCCGGUUUGACCCCGAGGACACUGAGGAGAAGCCAUUCCAGCCCAUGACCCCCUGGUUCCGCGGCUGGAAGGGCGUGGUGGAACCCGAUGGUCCCAACAGGUUCAAAUUUAACGGUAUUAUCAAGCAGGAUGAGCAGAAGCCGAAUGAGAUUCACGUCACUGAGCUGCCGAUCCGGAUGUGGACGGAUGACUUCAAAUCCAAGCUCGAAGACAUCAUCCGGGGUGAGAAGGUGUCCAGCUUCAUCAAGGAUUACCGCGAGUUCAACGACCAUCAGACUGUUCACUUCAUCAUCGACAUGGAGGACAAGCAUAUGAAGGCAGCCCUUGAGGAAGGACUUAUCGAGAAGUUCAAGCUCACCAAAUCCGUCACCACCACCAACCUCGUUGCGUUCAACACUCGUGGCCAGAUCCAGAAGUACGAGAAUACGGAACAAAUCAUGGAAGAGUUCUACAACUACCGCCUCAAGAUGUACUCGGCCCGGAAGAAGCACUGGCUCGGGGUCUACCACGCUGACUACCGCAAGCUCAAGAACCAGUACCGCUUCAUUUUGGAGAUCGUGGAAGAGAAGCUCGUGGUCAACCGGAAAAGGAAGGCCGUGCUCGUCCAGGAACUCCGUGACAGGAAGUACGAGGCUUUCCCGCCGAAGGACGACAAGAAGAAGUCCGACGAGGAGCUUAACAACGAGGGUGAAGAGGAAGAGACAGCGAGCGGUGCACGAGAUUAUGACUACCUUCUGUCGAUGGCCAUUUGGUCGCUUACCACCGAACGUCUUGAGAAGCUCAAGAACCAGAUCGCAGCCAAGAAGGCCGAGUAUGAUGAACUCGACGCAUUGAGCGAGAAGGACCUCUGGAUCAAGGACCUCGAUGGGUUCCUCGAAGAGUGGCACACUCAGUUGAAGCUCGAAGAGGAGAUCACCACCGGUAUCCGCAGAAUGGGUCGUCGCGCAUCGGCCAAGAUUGGCGCCGGCAAGGGCCGCCGUAUCAAGGACGACGAUGACUACCAGCCCGAGAAGAAGACCAAGGGCAAGGCUGUCAAGGCUGAGAAGGUCGAGACCAAGACCCACCAGAGAUUCACCGAGAAGUUCCAGGCCGCUUCCAAACCCAAGCCGAAGGCCGACCUCUCGGAUGACGACGACUUCGCCUUUCUCGGCAAGAAGGCGAUGGUGAAGACCGAGGUCGACGACGCUCCUGCUCCGGCGGCCGCCGCAGCUACCGGCCGCAACAAACGGGCGGCUGCGACCAAGUCCAAGUAUGUGCUGAGUGACGAUUCGGACGACGACUUCAUGGAGCUGGGCAAGGCCGACGUCAAGGAUGAGUCUGAAGACCCGCCCGAGGAGGUGAUCCCGAAACCGACAAAGAGAGCAGCAGCCAAAGCCAAGCCAUCAUACGCGGACGAGGACGACGAAUCUGACGCCGAGGAAGUCGCCGCAAAGCCAACCAAGCGGGCCGCAGCCAAAGCCAAGCGCUCAUACAUUGAUGAUGAGUUCGGCUCAGACAGUGACGAGGAUAACGGUGAUGACCUGCUCGGCGACGUUGGUGCCAUGGUCAAGGGCAUAGGAGCUCCGGCGACCAACAGUGGCAGGCUUAGUCUGUUUGCCAUGUCUCGGCCGGAAGCGGGCGAUGCGCCGCUCCCCAGGGUGAAGUCCAGGCAGUCGAGGUCGGUCCUAGAAGUCGACGACCACGACGACACCAACUACGAGGCCCUCGCCAUGUCCUCUCCGCGUAAGUCUACCACCACCAAAUCCGACGAUAUCGACGAUUUCUUAUCUGACGACGACUUGCCUGCCCCACCAAAAGCCACCGCAAAGCCAGCCGCCUCCUCCAAAGCCAAGGCCCCCCUCAGUGUCGUCCCCGGUGCAGCCAAGAAACGCGGCCGCCCGGCCGGCGCCAAGAACAAGCCCAAGGACGACGCCGCCGCCGCCGCGCCGGCCCCCAAGGCCAAGGGCAAGACGGCCGUCUCGCUCGCCAAGUCCAAAACCGCCGCCCUCUCACCCGCCGCCAAAGCGUACGCCGCCAAAAAGGCCAAGUCCAGCCGCAAGGUUCUCGACGACGACGACGAUAACGACGAGCUCAUGGAGGACGCGCCGGCUAGCCCCCCGCCGUCCAAACCCCUAGCGCGCAGACCUGGCCGCGCGGCUGCGGCCAAGGCCAAACCGAUUGUCGAUGAAGACGAGGACGAUUCCUUCGUCAGCGCCGAUUCUGGCGGCGAGGGCGCCCGUGCCAAGGGCAAGAGUAAGAAGAGAGUUGAUAGUGAUGCGUUUGAUAUGGAUGAGGAUAGUGACUAG